AUGUCCGCCGCUGAAGACGAUUUCGCCAGUAACAUUGACGAACAAUUACUCAAUAAUGUUGAAUCCCAAACAGAUCCCAGGAUCAAGUUGGAGGAUAUUGCCCACGCCACAGGCGUAUCUGAUGCAUCAAAAGCAGAGCGUCUGCAGCAAGGUCAACUGCCUCAACAACAACUGCAAGUGGAUCAUGUUGUUGUUGUUGUUGUUGUUGUUGUUGUUGUUGUUGUUGUUGUUGUUGUUGUUGCCCUGGCAAAGCAAGAACUGAAACGCCAAACCAGAAGAAACAACAGAGUGUCUGCAAACACGUUGCCUAGCCAACUGCAUCAUCAGACUCAAGUCCAAGAAACUGCUUUAGAUGAGGAGGAGUUUAGAAAGUACCAAUUGCAACAGCAAGCUCAGCAAACUUCUGAGCAAUUUGUGAGACAGCAGCAGCAACAAGCAUUAGCUGCUGCUGCUGCUGCUGCUGCGGGCUUGAAUCAUUAUGGAAAUCCCCAUGUAUCCCGCCUGCAUCAUGGAGGUGCUGGUGAUCCACAAUUACCAGAUUUGUCUGGCCCUUCCGCUGACGACUUGGCCGAGUACAAUAUUCAAAUUCCUGAACCAAUUAUUGAUAACAAGCUGAAGAUUUACCCCGUUGAGGAAAACACCAUUACUGCCGAGGGUAAUUUGAUUACUAGACCCUACCCUGACCAAAUUUUUCAAAGUCGUGAUGAUUUGAAUGAAUUUAUUGCUGAUUUCGCGAGGGAUAAUGGAUUCGGUGUUGUCAUUGCCCAUUCCAACAAGAAGGCGAUUUAUUACACUUGUGAGUUGGGUGGAAGAUACCGCCACAAGAAAUCGAAAAGAGUUGAUGAGCUGAAGCAAGUUGAUGUUGGUGAAGGUUACAUGUUGGAUCCUGAUACUAAGACCAAGAAAUUGAAAUGUCCUUAUUCUAUGACUGCUUCGUACAAGAAAUCUACUGGCAUUUGGACGUUGAGAACCACAUGUAAUGAACAUAAUCAUCCGCAAUUGGAUCCGUUGAGUAAUCACCCCAUGCUUCGCAAGAGAAGCGAUGAAUUGAAUGUGUUGAUUUUGGAUUUGUACAAAUUGGGAACUAAACCAUCUCAUAUUGAAUCCAAGAUUAGAGAACUGUAUCCGGAUUUAAUUAUCAAACGUGAAGAUAUCUAUAAUGAAAUUAGAGGCUACAAGCGUAAAUUGAAGAAACAAAAUUCAAGAUUUGGCUUCAAUAACCCUUCAAGAAUUGCAAAUGCUCAGUAUAGAAAGAAAGCAGCUCAAGCUGCUGCUGCUGCUGCCGCCGCCGCCGCCGCCUCCGGUAAUGGAGGAGUUCUUGGAAAUGCGUCGGGAAGUGGUAACGAUACGGCCGAUGCUGUGGCUGCUGUUGCUGCUGCAGCCAACGCCAAUGCAUUUUUGGGCGAUGGCCAUGAUAUUGCCAACUAUGAAGCUUUCCAAAACCAACAGAGUCAACAACGCCAACGUAAUCAUCAGUUGCAACAGCAACAGCGUCAGCAACAACAACAACAAAAGCAACUCCAACAACAGCAACUCCAACAACAGCAGCAGCAGCAACAACAACAACAACAAAAUCAAACCCCAACUCAAAGCCAGACCCCAAAUCAGCCCCAAGACCAAGCUCAAGCUCAAGCCCAAGCUCAACAACAAGAGGAAUUUCAACGUCAAUUUGUCGCAGCGACACAAGCCCAACAACACCACCUCGAUGACCAGCAAUAUCAACAAUACCAGCAACAAUUGCAAGACCAUCACCAUCAGCAACAUCACCAUCAUCACGGGUUGAAUGAUUCUGACGGAAGUGCCGCUGCUGCGAUUGCUGCCGUUGCUGCUAACGUCGGGCAUGUUGGAGGUCAACACCAGCACCAGCACCAUCAGCAUCAGCAUCAGCAUCCACCACAACAUCAACAUAAUCCGUAUGAAGAUGGUGGUGAUUUAUCAAUGGAUAAUAUUGAUUCUCGAUUAGUUGGAGAGUAA